CUCCGUUGCCUUUAGAAAGUCAUCGCCUGCCGGAGGGUGUGCUUCUCCGUCGUGAGUAGGACUGUUUAUAAACCGUUUCGCGUGAAAAAGAAAAAAUCGGUUCGGAGUUGAAAACGGUUAGUUUUGAGCUAGACUUUGACACGCGGGAAAGUUUGAGAAAUUGACGUGAGAAGGCAGAGUAAAUUUGAAAAAGUUGUGGUGACAAGUGUUUUUGGUCUUCGAUACAAAUUCAAAAUCGAUCGUAAACCAGUUUGCGGGAACGUCUACGCGAGGAAAAAAGUGGGCAGAGCUGGAGUGGAGACGCUCGAGAGUCUAUCGGUCCGUUACGACGUGGCGGCGCCAUUUUGUCGAGAGCAAGAGAGUUUCGAAAGUUCCUGACUGCUCGCCGUGACCCAUUCUAGGCGCGGCGAAGAAGAACCCUGAAGGUGGCGGAAGACGGGAUUAUUCCUUCAGAGGCAGCUAAACUCUUCACCCUGUUCCCCUCAAGACCACUCACCAUGAGGCUGGAAAUCGUUUCAGCAGCAGAUUUUCUAGUGGAUCUGCUGCGCAUUCAGACAGGCCAAGUGACAGAACGGCAAUUGGAGUUGUUCAAGAGCUCACUGACAGAGGUUCUCAAGCGACGAUACAGGGACCACUGGUUCCCCGACCGACCCAACCGAGGAUCGGGCUACCGCUGUAUAAGAAUCAACGGCAAGAUGGACCCUGUGAUAGCCCAAGCAGGCGCAAAUGUUGGCCUCCUGCCCACCGUGCUCCACAGUCUCUUCCCCUCGGAGUUCACGAUGUGGAUUGACCCCGCUGAAGUCUCCUACAGGAUCGGUGAGAACGGAUCCAUCUGUGUUCUUUACGAAAAGUCCAGUGAUCCGGAGGAGAGCCAGUUUCAGGAACAUCUCCAACACCAACAUCACCAGCACCAACAGCAGUUUGAGAGCUGCAAAGACUCUCUCCUCUUGGAGCAUCCGCAAUUUAGCGAGCAAAUCGCCGCUUUCGUUUCCAGUUGAACGCCUCCAUUCCGAAGCGAGACGAAGAAUCAAGCACUUCGUCUCGGUCUUCGCUCCGAUAAGAUCCAAAAUCGGAUUCCCUUCUCGCCAUCCUCAGUACGAUCUCGUCGCUGAUCAUCUUCUGUCAGAGGAAUACAAAAAAAUGAUCUCAGCAUUUUGUGCAAAGACGAAGAACCGACCAUCUUACCUUCUUCCGUCGGAGGGAUUAAGACGAGCAAGCCGGAACUCUUUAUGAUCUCAGCAUCCCGUGCAAAGACCAAGAAAAAUAGUAAUCCCCUUCUAGAGAGAGAGAGAGAGAGAGAAGACACCCAACCAGUGAUUUUCGUCUCCUGUCUGCCUUCACCUUCCUCUUUCCUUGAAUUCAUUAGAGUCUCCAGAGAUCGUCGGGAUCCACAGGAAUCUGCUUCGUACGUGUGUAAUUGAUGCGCGUUUAUAUGUACAUAUGAACGUUGUAUAUUGUAAGGCGCUUAUCGCCGAAAAUUGUGUAUAUUAUAAUCCUUUGAAGCUGUGAUUUUCUUCGCGAAGGGAGAAUUGGGCAAAAUAGGUAAGAGAGAGAGAGAGUGUGUGUGUGUGUGUGUGUGUGUGUGUGUGUGAAAGAGAGAUUCAUUGAAAAGAAAAGGUGAGUGUGAGGUUGUGUGCAUGAUCUCUUAGUGUGUACAGGUUUGUGAAAUUGGUGUUGCAAAGUUCGUAAGUUUGUGAAUUGGUCCCAAAAAAUGUGUAAAUAUUGAUGGUGAAUGUUUUUUUUUUCUGUGCCAAGUACAGGAUGGAAAUUUGUCCUUUUUUUUAGGACACUGACUCUUCAGGUUUGAGUCUCAUUCGAGGUAAGAUCCUUUGAAACGAUUAAUUUUUUAGCUGCUGUCAAAUUUUGUAAAAAUUACGAUUUCCUGACUUUAAAACGAGAAUCGACAUUUUUAAAAUUGGGAAAUUGCAGCGACGGCAGCAUUUCCACCUUUUCACGAACGCGCGAGUUUCGUUGCACCGAUUGUCUCUUUUCGUGUUGACAAUACUUGAUUCAAAGUUUGCAUUUCCGUUCAAUCAACUGGUCCCCCUUUUUUUAAUAAAUAUAUAAUUAAAUGUAAAGAGAGGCUUUUUUCCUGUAAAUGUAGCUGUAAUGACGUAAUUUUGCCUCCAGGUGUGAACAAGAACUCGAAAAGAGAAAUCGAAAAAUACAAGCUCGUAGGUGUUUUGACAUCUUUGUGUGUUCCGAGUAUGAAAGGUUGAACGAGAGACACACAGACUGAGAGUAAAUGUGUGAGAGGAUGAGAUAAAGAUUGUGAUAAAUUAACGCUUUACAAGACUUCCGAUUGUCAUCUCGAAAUCUGAAUUAAUGAAAAGCUUCUGAUGAAAUAGGUUUACUCAUCUUUCAGCGAUUUAGUCAUUUUUUGCUAAUAAUAGCAAAAAUGCUUGCCCAAGCUGGUAAACUUGACACUGUUUCAUUAGUAACUUGUUGUUAAUUCAGUGAUAAUGAAAAACUAACAAGUAGCUCACCAGAAUUCUCUUCUGAAAGAUGCUUGCCAAUUUCCUCAAUGAUAUUUCAUAAAGCUAGUCAAAGCAAGUUUUUAUUCGAGAUUUGCCACUUUCAAGGUUGCAUGGACAUUAUCAUCUUUCUGCUAAGAAAAAAAAAGAACGUAACUCAAACGUUACAGCAAAAAAGUUUAAAUUUCAACAACAAAAGUGACGCGUACUAAAACAAAAUUGCACCACGAUUGAUUCAUUUCAAGCGAUAGAAUCUUUUUAAAAAAACACCAUAGACGUUCUUUUUUUACUGUAAAAAUAUGAUAACACACCUGUUUCUCAAUGUGGAUGAGAGCGCUCAGAAAAAUGUCUUGAAUUAAAGAAACCGGUUUCUUAAGAUAUUUUUUCUAAUUGGAACAAAAAACCGUUUCUUUCAUCCAAAGACAUUUCUUUGGAUCAAAUAAACUUUACGUUUGAAAGCCAAUUAGAAUUUUUUAAAAAGAAAUUUUCUUUGAAUCAAAAAGUCUUUUUCUGAGUGAACAGUUUAAGAAAUCGGAAGUUUUGCCGACUAAAGCAGACUCUAGGGAAGAUUGGGUAGAGUGAGAGGAAACUUAUCGCGCUCGACGUUGAAGAACAAAAAAGGCUCUUGUACGUAGCAAUUAGUAAACCACGUCUGUGAUUAUAAUAAGAAAUACGGAGAAUAAUCGAGGGAGAGAAAGGGAAAUUUGUGUGUAUGGGUGUGUGCAAGUGUGAGAGAACGAGAGAUAAAAUGAGAGUUAAGUCAUUUCCGUAUGCGACGACCUAAUGUCCAGACGCGGGUGCGUUACGAGCGCGCAACGUAACGUGGUGGUAAGAACGAGAUCGAUUUUUUUCCCGGUUGAAAAAUUGCUUCGGGUGAAGUCAAACACAGGGCAAAAAAGAUUUUUUAAAUCGGUUCAUAUUUGGCUUAGUUUGGAUUUUUUGAAAAAAAAGAGCGCAGGAUAUGCUAUUUUUUGGACUUUGGUAAUUGUACUUUUUUUUUUUUUGUUGCAAAAAUUAAUAAUGCUAGGCUUAAUUUUUUUCUCUUUUUGGGCGAUUCUUAGACCUUACAUUUUGUUAUUGAAAAAUAAUAUAAAUUUAGAAAUUAAAAAAGAAUGUGUGAAGUUAGAAUUUUUUGAAAAUAUGCGCUCAACUUGCAGAUGAAGCAAUUUUUUUCCUACAUCAAAAUUUCAAUUUAAAAAAAGUACUUCAACAAAUUAAGAAAAGGGUUUCUCGUCUUUUUAAAAAAAAAAUUCUAAAUUUAAAUGAUCAUUUAUUUAAAAAAUCGCUAUGCAAACAAAAUUUUAGAGAAAUCUGUCAAAAAUUGACAGGUUUCAACCUUUUUUUUUGGUCCUCCAUUCGCCUGCCCCCAGAGGCAAUGUUUCCGCAAUGCAAUUAAUUAAAUCGAUUUUGCGUGAUCUCGUUGCUUGACCGUUGCGUUUCACGCACGUAUUUUCGCACGCAUACAUAUAUGCAUGUAUGUGAAGGUAUAUAUAUUUACAUUCGUAAGUACAUUUUCAUUUCGUUGCCACGGGCGCACACAGCACCGGAAAUCAAUACCCUCGGCAAAAAGCUUUCUCUUUUGUUGGUAAACUCUCCAUUUUCGGUAAAGUGGAGACACACACUGACAAAAAUGCACGUGCGCAUGUGCAAGAUUUGUUUUUGUUUUUAACGAUCUACGCCUGCGCAUUUGUCUUGCACUGAUUUUUCCGCAGCGCGGCACAUUGGCGCACUCGCAGAACGUUUUUUUUUCUCACAAUAACAACUUUUCAAGUGCACCAUAUGCAGAGUGUAUUUUUUUGGUGUUUGAAAAAAAAAAAAUAGUACAAAGGCCAUCCGGGAUUGUGAUUCUGAUUUCGGAAGUGCGUCCGAGGUGACACGUCGGGAUUUUCGAUUUUAAUUUCGCAACGUUGACAGCGAGAAUGAACGAUUAAAAAAAAUCUCCGAACGCUCUGCGCACAAAGGGUGGGCCGGAAACCCGGAAUUUCCGAAAUUAGAAAGGUGGGGGUGGAAAAGGUGCCUCUGGGGACGAGAAACCGCGACGAAAAGAAAACUUUGAUAUCGAUUGAUGUUUGAGUUCAAAAUAUUUUUUUUGUCUUGAUUUUAAUUCCCCAAGGGAAUUUUUUGCGCAAUGCGUUCUUUUUAAUUUCGAUAAUUCCGAGCUUCCGCCUGUGACAGAGACACUAACGAAAAUGGUGGAAAGAAACGAAAAUCUCUGCGUUAAAAACUGAAAAAUGGUGCCGUUCGUCGCUUCGGGUUUAUUUAUGUGUAUAUUUCUGUUCAUCACUUUCCAUUUGAACGAUUUCGAGCACAGCGAGCGCACAAAAAAAUGUGAUGCGCAAUAAUAAGACAUACCUGAAAAAGUAAGAUUUCUCUCUGCUUGCUCUGUUUUUGUAUCGCGAUCUUAAACGAGGAAGGAGAGAAGGAUCUUCAAAGAGCAUUUUUUGAUUUUCUACUCGCAUUUUGUCAAUUUGAGUACGUUUUUUUUCGUCCUUAUUUUAUUGUAUCUUUUGUUAUUUUUUACACACUAAUUAUACGCGCGUCCCACCUACACAUUAUUCACGCGUAUUAAGAGUUGCAUAUAAAUGAUAUGUUACAUAAAUGCGAGCAUAUGAAUUUUUCGAACGAAUUGUAAUUAUUAUAAAUAUAUAUACAUUAUAUAUACAUACCUAUAUCUAUAUAUCUAUAUACAUACACGUUGUAACAUAAUUAGAGUCCUUCAGGAAGAAUUUGUACAAACCCGCUGGUAGGCGGCCAGCACGUCUGUGAUUUUAGCUUGGUUAAUUCAGUAUUUUUUUAAAUAAAUCGAGACAAAAUCAAGAUAAAUGAUAUAUAUAAAAAAAAAGUUUCGUGCGAGCGCGUUGAGGAUGAGUAUGUCUCUUUGGACGAAUGGAUGUAAGGACGGGAAAGAAAGGACGGAAAGAGGGAAGAAAAAGUAGUUGAGAGAAAUGUCCUCGAAAAAGAGAAUUUGUAAAUUUAAAAGAAAAAAUUAAAAUAUUUUCACGUCUCUGUGUUACAGAGGCUCGUGAUGGCUUUAUCUCUUUCAAGAUAAAUUGAAUCUUUGCCUUCUUUUCUUUUUUAAUCUUUUUUUCCUUUCUCCUCGGGCCCUCCAUGAAAGAGUGCAUUAUUAGAAAAAGCGAAUGAUAAAUCGGAACUCAGGCGCGGAGAAAUGAAACAAGAGGUCAAAACUUUCUGCUUUUCGAGUAUCAAGAAUUGUAGAUCCGUCGUAUUGAUUCAAGCAGAGAACGAUGAUAACUGAGAGAAUUUUCGUGAGUGAUAGGAAGGGCGAAAGGGUGGAGAAAAAGAAAAUAUAGUGAGCUUGCUCUUGCUCUGAAAUCCGCAUUCACAAUUUGCCAAUUCAAAUCCUCGUCUUUUUGAAACUUUUGGCUGGAUUCAAAAUUGUACAGAAAAUUAAAAUCAGUCGAAUGUUGACAUGCUUUUCAAAUAUCUCGAAAGGUUUAAUAUUCUGCCGUACUGGUGAAGAGAGUUUUGCUAUCUACAUUUUGCCAUAAGAAUGAUUUUUUAUAGCAAAAUUUAGAUAACAAUUUAUCAUCAGAGUCAGUUUGAAGGUGUUUUUUCAUGGUUCAAUUGAUACGAAAAUCUGCAUCAAUAUAAAGAAAGAAAGGACUGAUAGAUUCUUGGAUGAUUCUGUUGAUAUCUGCAUCAAUAUGAAAAACAGAUAAGAUUGAUCAUUUUCUUCACCAGGACGGCAGUUGAAGUUGUACUUUGAAAAAAAAAAAUUAAUUUUGGGCCUUGAGACAUAUUUUGAGUGUUGAUGAUUGUCCUGAUCCUUUUUUUGGUGUAUUUUUAAAGCAGGUUUAUGACUUUAGUUGGCAAAGUGGAAUGCAGAGUUCAUAGUUGAGAGCGUAGUCAGCGAGAGAUCGUGGAAUGAAGAGGAAUGUUGGAUUCGGAUUGAAAAGGUCGCGAACAUUGUUUGCAAAUGAUUAUCCCAAUGUGACGUUACUUUGCUUGUAAUUAUCGUUAGAUUCGACUGUCGAGUGACCAAGUCUGAGACCAAAAAAAAAUCCGAAUCGAGCCAACCUUUCCAUUAAAAAGUUUACACUGAUUUGUACGUUAUUGCGAGACGAAUUCUGUAUAAAUCCGUUUAGUAUGGUGACACAAACGGGAUAGAAAUUCCUGAGUUUAUCCGUAAAAUUUUCUGAGGAAUUUCUAAACUUUGAAACACAUGAAUACGCAAAACGAAGAAGAAGAAAAGGACAAUUUUGAGAAAGGAUCAAUGGAUUAGUUGAUCGUUUUGUAGAUUGCGCUUUUUGAAAACAGACACUGACAUGAAGACA